UUUCUCAUCUGACCCAAAAGGAAGCAACAGUCUUUGUCGCAUUUUCCCAGCUUUGUUAUAACUUUUGAAAGCAAAAUUUUGAGUUCCAGCCGAUCUUUCUCUGUUGGAACUCUUUAUUCGUUUCCUGCGUCAAAGAUUUCAAUCUCAAAAUCCCAGAAUCAGAAGCCUCAAUUUGACAUUGUAGCCGAACCACAAGACCCAAUUUGAUAUUUCUGUUGGGCAUAUCUAUAACAGAGCUCCUCCUCUGCCGUUUGUGCUGUUUUGUCAUCUUUGGCAUUCUUUUGUUACAAAUGAUUCACCUGGCUUCCUUUACAAAAUAUGAGAGAAUUUAUUUGAAUGAUGAAAUUGAGAUAGUCUUCGAAAUAUGUGCUUGUACACGUGCUUGUACACUUCUCCAUUCAUACAGGUUUCAGGUGAAAAGAAGCAGUUUUUCAUCAAUUUCAUUACUAUUCUAAUGUUUGGUGCUAUUGGUACGCUAAUAUCCUGCAGCAUCAUAGCAUUUGGUGCUACUCAGAUCUUCAAGAAAUUAAACGUUGGUUCGCUGGACAUAGGGGAUUAUCUCGCAAUUGGUGCAAUAUUUGCUGCAACUGAUUCUGUAUGCACGUUGCAGGUGCUCAAUCAGGACGAGACACCAUUACUGUACAGUCUUGUAUUUGGGGAGGUAGUUGUUAACGAUGCUACAUCUGUGGUGCUUUUCAAUGCUAUCCAGAGCUUUGAUCUGACACACAUUGAUUCUGGAAUUGCCUGGCAAUUUAUGGGCAGUUUUUUGUAUUUGUUUUUUGCAAGCACCAUGCUGGGAGUGUUUGCAGGGCUGCUAAGUGCUUUCAUCAUCAAAAAGCUUUAUUUUGCAAGGCACUCUACUGAUCGUGAGGUUGCUCUUAUGAUGCUCAUGCCUUUCAUAUAUACUGGCUGCGCUAUUCUAUUCGAGUGCCAUUCUCACUGUGUUCUUUUGUGGGAUUGUUAUGUCCCAUUACACCUGGCACAAUGUGACAAAGAGUUCAAGAGUCACGACCAAGCAUGCUUUUGUGACCUUGUCAUUUGUUUGGGAGAUUUUUAUCUUCCUCUAUGUUGGUAUGGAUGCCUUGGACAUCGACAAGUGGAGAUUUGUAAGUGAUAGUGACUUCAAUACUGCUCAGUCUUGUAAUGCUUGCAAGAGCAGCUUUUGUUUUUCCCUUGUCCUUUUUGUCCAACUUUUUCAAGAAAAAUGAAAGAGAGAAAAUUAGCCUCCAGCAGCAAGUAUAAUAUGGUAGGCUGAUCUUAUGAGAGGUGCUGUAUCUAUAGCACUUGCUUAUAAUCAGGAAAGUUGUGGAAACUGUUCCUUUUUAUGUUGUUUUAGGUUUAAUUCUACCCAAGUACGUCAUAAGGAAAGGGAAAAAAGGUUGGCCUUCCAUGAGAAGGUUUUUUGAAUCAGCACAAUACAUAAUUUUGAAAUAUGCUGUAUGAGAUCUGUGGUUUUAUUUGGCGCCUUCUAGUAAUCAGAGAGUUGCUAGGGGUUCCCUUUUCAUCUGUAAUCCCAUAAAUUUUUACA